AUGUGGUCUACAUUGAAGGACAUCCCUGCAGAUCAAGAGAUCGUCUCUUGCCCCGUUGGACUUGUUGUAACGCCGGAAUCCGCUAGAGUAGCGAUCACUGGGCUGCUGGACCUCCCGGACACACUCUCUUGGAACUCGCGGCAAUGGAUAUCCACUUACCUCGCGCUACACUGGAUUGUGGACCACAAGGAGCUUGCGAAAACAACCCUAAUCCAUGGGCCGUAUGUUAACAUCUUGCCACCCUCUGAACAACUCUCGACAUCCACCUACUUUACGCCUGAGGAGCUAGAAAGAUUCAAGGGAUCAAAUCUGUAUGGGGCUACCCUGGACCGUCUCCGCGAGUGGCAGUCAGAAUGGAAACAGUGCCAAAAUAUCGUCUCUGAAAAGAAGCAGGGAUGGGGAAGGAAGUUCGAAUGGAGUCUGUAUCUGAAAUCAGCAACCUAUAUUUCGUCGAGAUCGUUCCCUUCCACUCUUUUGUCGCGCAAUCCAUCGUUACCGGGGCUCGCCAGUGACGACGAAACAGAAUCUAUACUCCUUCCGGCGAUCGAUUUCCUGAACCAUGCUCGCGGACAGCGGGUGUCCUGGAUAGCAAACCAAACGCAAGAAGAUGGCAAGUCCGUCUCCAGCAUUUCGCUCAUAGCGCACAGCGCCAUUUGGACUGGCCAGGAAGUCUUCAACAACUAUGGUCCCAAGCCCAACUCUGAGCUCAUCUUGAGCUAUGGUUUCAGUAUUCAAGACAACCCCGACGAUAGCAUUAUCCUCAAACUUGGUGGCACUGAUGGUAGAAAGUGGAUCAUUGGACGGAAUGCCACUGGAGUGGAUGGCUUGUGGAAGGAAGUCCUUGAGAAAGUGUCGGGAGAGGAGUAUGCCCAUGCGGCGGGUGACUAUGAAGCUGUAUUGGACGCCAGUGGAAUGCUGCAGGAUAUGGUCAAGAUGUCUUUGGAAAAGCUCCCCGGAUUGGAGGAGCCGAAUCUCGCGGACUCGAGUCGAUACUGGGUUUCGCGGAGACUAAGGAGCAGGAAGGGCUUGAUCUGGCGAAAGAGGCAGGCGUUGAAUUGGUAUUCGAAGAUGGUCCUGAGGAUUGAGAUCUUCACCACUUGUAGCCUGUUAAAAUUCGGACUUUUGACCGAGGAAAAUCCAUGCGACAGUAAUUUCGUGCUCGCCUGGACGGAGUACCUCUCUGUGAUCCCAAUUUCGAAAGCGUCAGACAGUGUCUGGCAACAUGGUCAAAAGGUGGAGAUGUUGAAUGCCGUAUUUUCGGUGUGGGCACCACAACAUCCUCUCACUGUUCAAGCUUUUGUCGAAUUCGUUCGUGGCGUAUUGGUGGCCCUGCCUUCAUCUUCGUCCGACACUUCAGCAAUCCCAAAUCUCGCCAACGUCUUUGGAGACCAUCUUGUCGAUAUAAUAUGGACGAUAGAUGCUCAGCUCGACGAAUUUCUUAACGAUGCUCGAAACCAAAUCACUGCUGCUGGUCCAAGCUCGCCGACCACAACAGCAUUGCUUGCCAAGGCCAGUAAGGUCAAAACGAAUGCUGAAAACGACAAAGAGAAGUUACAGACUAUCGUCAAGGCAUUGCUGGAAUCUGGUAUCAUCAGUGCCAACUCGUGUCGAGAACGGUUGGACUCUGCCGUCCUCUCUGGCGUAGGACUCAUUGCCGACAAGGGUGCCUGGGAUAAGAAGGAAAUUCGCACCAGGACGGGGAUCUUCUACAAACAGAACAAGUUUAAUCUCCUUCGAGAACAAUCCGAAGGCUACAGCAAGUUAAUCACAGAGGUGACUAGCAGCAUGGGCCCUCCGCACUCGCCACAAACUGGUCUUCCUACUGAACCAGCCUCCGUCAUCGAAUCCCGCGCCCGCCCUGUCUGGGAGAAGGUCAUCAGUCUAAUUGGGUACUUCGAUUUAGACCCCAACCGCGCUUUGGACAUAAUCCUCGACAUAUUCUCCUCUCACCUUACGACUCAUUACACCUUCUUCCUUGCACUCCUCUCGUUUUCACCUUGGGCCCCUCAAGUUAAGCGCCCAAUGAAUAUUCGGGAGGGAAUGAACGUCGACGUUAAUCCUCCUUCCUACACCGGGAAAUCGUUCGACGAGAUACUAGAGACGAGCUCCAGACACACCCCUAUAUCAGACGAUAAUGCUCAAGGCUCCCGAGUCCUGGCGCAAGUCCUCGGGUUCAAGUUCGUUCACUAUCAGACGCUUUCAACUGAAGCGACCCCAAGAACCCUGUUCUUUCUAUCCUCUCUCCUCAUCCGCGAAGGGUACUUGACGCUGGAAGACAUAUAUCCGCACCUUUCUCCGGCAGACGACGAGAUGGAAAUCGAGCACAAGGAAUAUCUUGCCAACAUUCAGACGAGGAUAGCUGGCGCAAAGAUGAGCGCCCUAGCUAUGGCAGGUCCUCUUGAAUCAUCCGGUCCCGAGGCUCAGAGCAAGACGAAGCAAUCAACGCCAAUGGAUAUCAAAAGGCCUGAGAGGAAUCAAAAAGUGGGAUUGUUGGCGGCUCUUCUUGCACUGGGCGAGUUGCGCCCCGCUCUCUCGAUCCUCUCUAGGUAUCCAUGGCUCGUGGACACCCGCCCAGAAAUAGCCGAUCUUUUAAUACGGGUCAUGGAGGUUUCUAUUGCCCCCUUGUUCGACAAAGCAUGGUUGUCCAGCGUACCUCCCACCAACUUCAACCAACCUCGUUCCCGCUUCGGGUCAACCGGCGUUGUUCGACCAAGUCCGCGCAAGCCCACCCUCACGACAUGGGCACCCACUCCUCCCAGCACCAGUUCGACGGACUUCGUGUUCUUCUUCCCUACUUGGUCAGACCAGGUUCCCGUUGCUUCAGAUGCAGACAUGGAAGCUGUCGUCGAACCUUUGAUGAAGUUAGUCGGGCCACACCUGUCCAGGAAUCCUCACUUCAUCUGCAAGAUCAUACGCAUUGGCAAGCACCAGCUUCAAAUCAACAAGGAAAAGAAAAUACCAGAGUCCACCCCUGAAGAGACACGGUCAUUGUGGUUAAGGAUCAUCCGCCUCUACCUCCUUCCCGCUUUGCCGCUGAUUCGAGGCCACACCAUCUGUACCGUCGAAAUGUGGAGCAUUCUCCGCCCGUAUGAUUUGGAAUCUCGCUAUCAGCUCUACGGGGAAUGGAAGGCCAAGCUGUACAAGUCGCACCCAGAACUUCGUGUGCGACAAGCCCAGGUCGACAAGGAGUCGAAAGACAUCUUGCGAAGGCUUUCGCAUAAUACGAUCGACUCGCUAUCUGGGAGCGUCGGUAAAUUGUCCCACAGUAACCCUCUCAUCAUCUUUACGCACGCUGUUAAUCAAGUGAUGGCGUACGACAAUUUGGGAGCCGUGGUGGUAAACUCGUUGAAAUUCGUUACCUUGAUGGGAUUCGACAUCUUGGUCUACAUAAUCCUGGAAGCGUUCUCGAAUCCCGACAAAGCUCGUGUCAAGGACGACGGGGUCAACAUCGCCGACUGGUUACAAAGAAUGUUGUUCCGGAAGUACUUUACGGACGUAUCCCCCCUCCUUAAAUACGUCGCCCACCAACUCUCUCAGGAUAAGACCUCGGAACUCGUCGUUCUGCGGGAGCUCAUUUGGAAGACAGCAGGCAUCGAGCCUCUUCCGACCUUGUCAGAUGUGCAAAUCGCAGCCAUGGCCGGAGGGCCCACUCUUCGGGUCCAGGCGGUGGCGCCUACGACUCGUGGGGUGAAACUCGACCCUGCGGAGGUCCAUCAGAGAGGAGCUGCUCGCAUGUGCGGUGCUUUGGCGGAGUCGGAAUUGACCCUUCCAUUACUCGUUCAGAUCGCUCAACAAAGACAGUCUUGCCUAUACAAGGCGCCAACCGCUCCGCUGAAGUCAAUCGCGAGCCUUUUCGACUCAACCCACGAUGUCCUCAUGCAAUAUCUUGAAUUGCUGACAACACCGGAAUAUCCCCCACCUGGUCCCGCCGUGCCUCACGGCAACGUGUGGUUGAAGUCUGUCACCAAUGGGUUCAAUGCCAAGAUGACUGCCUAUGCAGAGAAGAUCCUCCCCCCUCUCGAAGAACUGGGAGAGAAAUAUGGGAUCGCAGCCCCCGUGUGUAUGCUCAUCAUCCGACCUCUUUUGCAGUACAAAAUUCUUAGGAAGGCUUUGGCGUUGGACCAGCAAGAACGCAUUGCCAACGAGGAGGCGGAAAAGCGUCUUAAAGCGGCAUUGACCGCAAAGCGUGAGCCUGCAAGUAGCACUUCCAGAGUGGCUUCCCCCGUAUUGGCUACCAAUGGAGACAAGCCCGCGAACGAGCAACAGAGCCCACCCGAGGAGAAUGCAAUGGACGUGGACGCGGCCGUCGUUCCCACAAACCAGGAACCAGAGACGAAGCAGAAACCAUGGUUGCCGGAGCUCCAGGAAUUGUUCGAGCCCUUGAAGAAGAUUGUUCCAACGAAUGCUUACGAUAUCAUUGGGCCUGGCUUCUACCUGACAUUCUGGCAACUUUCGACAUACGACCUUUCGCCUCCCAUCGCUCGAUACAAUGAAGAAAGUAACGCCAUUCAAGCAUUAAGUCGCGAGGAGCAAGCCAAGGCCAACCUUGCUGAUCGAUCGGCUGACCGUGCAAAGCGGAACAUGGCUCCUUUCCAUCGUAUUCGAAGGGAUAGAAGUUACGAUUUUAUUGCACUCCUUUCACAAGAUCUCAAGGACCAGACAAUAUCUCGUGCCUUUACGAUCAAACGAUUGGUACGUGAAAAGCCUCAUUGGUUUGCACAUUCCACCAAACCGGCAAUUCUGGUCAAUGCCAUUAUCGAGCACUGUAUUCAGCCUCGCGCCUUGUUGUCGCCCAUGGACGCGGAUUUCUGCGCUCAAUUUAUCAAGGUCCUGCAAGGUACCCCCGGUUUCCACACCUUAAUGUGCUAUGACAAGCUUCUUGGGGAGCAUGUCAAAGUAGUCCUAUUCUCGUGCACGGAAUCUGAAGCCAGGAACUACGGGCGAUUUUUGUUGGGGAUCCUCACGGACCUUUACAGGUGGCACGCGGAUGAACAUGUCUAUGAACAGGAGAAUAAAAUGAAGAGCGGCGGAAAGCACGCAGGCUUACAACGAACCCUGUCGAAUAAGGCCAACGAUAUCCUGAACUGGACAACAUUCCACCAGUGCUUCGUGGAUUGCAUUCAGACUGGAGAGUUUAUGCACGUCUACAAUGCGAUCAUCGUGCUGAAGGAAAUCAUAACCGUCUUCCCACUCGGUGAUGUCUACGCCGCUGGCCCUGAACUCGACGCCGUAAUGGAUAAGCUCAUCGAAACGGAGGAUCGCGGCGACUUGAAGAUCUUGGCCCGAGCCUAUUCGGCCAGCUUAAAGAAGCGCGAGCCUAAGUGGCAGUCGCCCAAGCAAGCCGUGAAGGUCAACGGGCCGUCUGUCGUUCCCAGUAGCACGAAUAGCCCCGCCCCUGACCAUCCUCGAGCAAAUGGGCCGGCAGAAGAGAUACGCAGGGCUGCAUCGCAGCAGCCACCUCCAUCUGCCCCGUCUGCUCCUCGAGCCCAACUUAAUCAACUUCCACAGCAACCUAGUCACGUUUCAUCUGACUCGUUGCAUUCGACGAAAUUGGCUAUGGAAAGACCAGAAGUGGUAAAAAGGGUUCGAACAGAAAACAGGGGAGCGGAGCCAUCGCGGCCACCUUCAGAUACUUCCGCGAUGGACACCACUCCUUCCGUCAGGCCCAUGUCUAUCCCGGUUCAUAUCUCCGGGGAAACACACCCACCUCGACCCAAUAUGUACCCUCCAAGACCUCCGCAAGUCGGGUCACCCAUACCUGUUCUCUCCAGCACUCGAGACGGCCGCGAAUUUAACGACAGCCGCCGAAAUGACGACAGGAAUAUUCAUGUCCAUACACCAGGCAUGCCACCUCCUUCCAAUCCCAGUCAGACUCCAUCUGCGCAGGAACUUCGGGAGACAGCGAGGCAAACCAUGCAGUAUCGUGCCGACAAGUUGGACGUACGAACCCAGUCCAAUUCUGCGGCUCCUUCACCAAGGAUCCGGUCCUCGUCUCCAGCUACAAGCAGUGUACCGGGUACCAGGGAGGCCAGUGCUGACAGCCGAGAGAGUGGAGGAAGGAUGCGCUCCGACCGUAUCGAACGUUCCGAACGAGGCAACUAUGAACCAGAAGAUCGUGACCGUGACCGCGACCGCGACCGCAAGGAGUCCUCCAGACAAGAGAGGGAGACUGCCACUGUGAGCCGCCGUGACAGUCUUACCCACACACGGGAACGAGCCAAUCGAGACCAGGCGUCUGGACGAGAUGGGGAGAGGGAAAGAGACAGAGAUAGGGACAGGGAUAGGGACCGUGGACGAGAUCGACAUGGGGAUCGAGAACGCGACAAGGAGAGAGAUAGAGAUAGGGAUAGGGAUCGUGACCGUAGCGAGAGGGAUAGAGAUCGUGACCGUGACCGGGACAGGGAUCGCGACCGGGAUAGAGACAGGCAUAGGCGGGAUGAUAAGGACCGGGACCGUGACCGCAAAGAGCGCGAUAGUGGCUCCAAUCGGGGUGGAGGCAGCUCCAGUGGUAAUCUCGACGGACUGCCCAGCCGGCCCGAGCCAUCCAGACACCGACCUUCUGCCCAGAACGCUGAUGAAUCACUAGGCAAGCGAAGACGACCAAAUGAUGACGAUCGAAGUUCACGCAAGGAUGGGCAUAGGGAUUCCGAUAGAGGGCGAAGGCCUGGUCAGGAAAAAGACGCCCAUGAUCGCGGCCGUGGUGAAUCGGAUAGGAGGCGGAAGGAGCGGGAACCUGAGAAUAGUGAAGCGAGGGAAUCUCGUGGUAGUGCACCGGAAAAGGCUCCAGAGAAACGGGAACGACCCCCAUUAACAACGUCGGGUGGUGGUGGUGCAUCAUCUUCUGGUCCACCUCCCGGGCAAAGUCCGUCGUCCAGUUGGCCACCUCCGCCGCCUAUUGCACCGAAAGCCAUGGUGGGACUGAGGGAACUGGAUGCCAAGAAGCGGGAGAGUAGGGAGCGAGAGAAAGAGGAGCGAGAGAAGGAACUUGAAGCCAAGAAGAUCAGGACGCAGCAGCAACAGGCAGCAGCAGCAGCGAGAAAGGCGGCAGCAGCGUCAGGAACGGCUCAACCUGGGACUUUGCGGUCGAGGAUCAGCGAUGCGCCAGAUGAGCCUUCUCGGCCUCCGACGGGACCUACGCACUGGCGAGAUCAACUGCGAACGCAACAAGCUCAACAGCAACAAGAUGAUGAUAGGGAUGGUGCAAGGAAGAGGACAGCGUCUGAACGAGAGAAGGAAGCGGCUGAGUCUGCCAGUGGAUCUGCAGAACCAUCAACCCAACCCCCGAAACGUCCGAAGAUUAAUCGACAUCGGUACACGGGUGGUGGAAGUGGACCUGCAAGUGGUACCGGGAGCCAUGCCCUUGCUCGAAAGUUGCUGCCAAUCGAUCCUCACGCGGGCGACAAGAGCCAGCGACGACAGGAUUGAUUUUCUUGGUUAAACAUAGCGCUAAUCUAUAGCCCCUGUAUUGCAUUAAUCCCAUACAUCCGAUAUUACUGUUAGUACAACAUAUUUGAAUCCUU